GUGAGAAAAUUUUGUGCCGAUUGUACAAACAUGCUGGCAGGCUGAUCAUUUUGAAGCGGAAAAAAGUAUUUAAAAAAUAAGUUUAAUCUAAAGCAUGGAUACAAGAGAUAGAAUAUUUUGGUCAGAGUUUCUGGAGCUUUACGAGUCAAUGCCCUGUUUAUGGAAAGUCAAAUGUCCAGAAUAUAAUAAUCGUGCUCUAAAAGCAAAAUGUUACAAGCGGAUGGUGGAGAAGCUCAAGGAAGUGGAACCAGAGGCCACCAGGGAAAAUGUUGUUAAGAAAAUCAAUGUUUUUCGUACCAAUUACGCAAGGGAAAUGAAGAAACGAAAACAAACCGAACAUUAUAAUGAGCCAUUCAAGACUUCUUUGUGGUAUUUUGAUAAAUUAAAGUUUCUAGAAGGUGUUAAGCAACCUGUUGAAGAGAGUGGCGAGGAGCAUUGCAACAAUACAAUGUUUUCGAUGGAUGACAAUGAAAAUUGUACCAUAGAAACUGAAGUCUAUCAUGAAUUUUAUGAUGAUACUGGGGAGCAUAGUUUAUUGGUUACACCAGAGCCAGCAACAGAAAGGAAACACAUACCAGAGCCCAAGCGCAAAAGGCGUAAAGCUUGUACUCCAGAAAAUACUAAUAAUAAUGUUUUGAAAGUUAUUCCCCCAAAGAUGGCCAGUGGUGGCGUUGGUAUUGAUGGUUUUACAUCCAUUCUGGCCAAAGGCUGGGAAUCCCAAUACAAUGAAUUAUCGAGAGAACAAAAAAUUUUUGCCCGCACCAUAUUUUCAGAUGUCUUGUUUCAUGGUUGUCUCAACAAACUUAGCGAGGAGACUGUGGAAGAAGUGCAUCAGGUUUUAAGAGGUAAUUUGUCUAGAACGCAAACAUCAACAGUAUACAUACGUGACUAUGAAGAAGAAGAAAAUUGAAGGAUUGAACAAGGAGCAACUUAACGUCAUCCUAUGAUAUGAAAUCUUUUGAAAUAAGAAAAUUAAACAUAAUAGAAUAGGAAUUUAAAAUUAAUACA